GUCCUCGAGAUUUUUCGUUUAAAAAUUCCUCCCGACGGCCACGGCAGUAAUCAAGAGUUGAAGAAAUCGGGACUUGAAACCCUAACCCGCCCGGUUUACUGAUUGGUGUUUUUGGCUUUUCGUUCUUAAUUCAAUAUGAGUCGUCCAAUGGAAGAAGAUGCCCCAGCCAAGAAUGAAGAGGAGGAAUUCAGCACUGGGCCUCUUUCUGUUCUGAUGAUGAGUGUUAAAAACAACACGCAGGUGCUUAUCAACUGCAGGAACAACAAGAAGCUUCUGGGACGCGUCAGAGCAUUUGAUCGGCAUUGCAAUAUGGUGCUGGAAAAUGUUCGAGAGAUGUGGACAGAGGUACCAAAGACUGGGAAAGGUAAGAAGAAAGCUCAGCCAGUUAACAAAGAUCGGUUCAUUAGCAAGAUGUUCCUCCGAGGCGAUUCUGUGAUCAUUGUUCUUAGAAACCCUAAGUGAGAGGUAUGCAUGAGUCGUAGGACUGGAUUUUUGGAGGAAGCUUAGCGGAGAGAAUUUAGUUACUUUGGAGUUUCAGUUUUCUGGCUCGUGUAGAACUGAUUGUACUUAAAGUCACAGUUGUUGUAGGAUUUUGCGGAACUUUUUCCAAUUUUUUGCUUCUCUUUAUGUUUGAACCAUGCAACUUUCUUGUGGAUUUUUAUGCUACCAUCUUGUCUUUGUCGUUAUAUUUUUUUGUUCCCAGAAGGCAGAUUUAUUCUGCAUUACAACA